AUGGACUCGUGUCGGCGGGUCGCCGUCGGUGUCGCCGUCGGUGCCGAACCGCCGAUCCGGGACUUGUGCCAGGGCGAGAGGACGCAAGACGAAGAAACAAAGAAACGGUUCCGGUUGAUGCAUCACGGCUUCGGCUCGGAAACAAGUGACAAUGAUAAUACAGGGCAGCGGUACUCGGCGCAUGCACAUAUGCAGCAGUGGCCCGACGAAAAGGGCGGUCCUCAUUGCUGCCCAGGGCAUGUGGGCGCAGGCACUCCCGACCGUGGUUUGCGCGCACCGCUCGUGCUCCCUCGUCGCGCUUCCUUGGCGCGCGAGCCCUCGGCAGGCAAGCGAGCGACGAAUACGAGCCCAUGGGCGACGACGGUCAACGGAGCCUGCCACCAACCGUCGCCGCCCGCUUCGUCCAGGGGGAAUGGGGACUCUCGCGGCGGCGACUGCUGCAUGCCGAUUGGUCUCGGACGUGGCGGCAUCGAAUUUCCUCGCAUUGCUGGCCGGGCCAAUGAUGGAGCUGCCGGGGGGCCUGCGGCGAGGGCGCGAGGGCACGAGCAAGGAGAGGGGCCCGCGGUGUCUCGGCGACGCUCCCACGGCGUCGCGACCCAACGCGGCGUAGGCGACGCUCAAUAUUGCGGCGGCCAAGCGACGGAUCAGCAGGCCGAGGCAUCGUCGGUCGGUGCAUCGCCGCGUGACAUGCGGCACGUCCCUUGA